CAGGCUACUACUAAUCACGAAAGUGGUUCAACUUAUGUCAUUGUCGUGAUCAGUCGGUUCCGUGUGGUGCAUAAGAGGGCGACGAAAAUUUUGUUUUGCUUUUUAGUGGGUACCGCCAGCCUGCGGUUGUCGUGUACCUAUAUUUUCAAUAGAAGUAAGACAUUGAUUAGCAUUACACAAGAAGGAGGAGGUAUUCUAAUAUGGAUCUUCAAGAGGAGAAGGAGAUGAAACUAUAGUUCUUGUCUUGGUGAACGUACGACUAUUGAAGAUCGAUGACGGAAAAGACCAGCCCUCAACAUAUCCGCCAGGACCAGGACCCCAAACGAGAAGAAUACCACGACUGCGGAUUGAAAAUAGUUGUACAUCACCUUCAACGCCCAUAGCGUUCUCGCUGAAGCGAGGCCUCCUGAAAUCUGAAAUCAGAGAUUUUGGUAGACUACGGAUUAGGCGGAGUUGUCAGAGAUGCCCAGCAUGCAGCAGUGUCAAGGUUACGUUAAAUUCUUUUCGGAAGCCAAGGGCUUCGGCUUUAUCUCGAUCGAAGGCGGCACCGAUAUCUUCGUCGCGGCGAAAGAUGUUGCAGGUACUCCUUUCAUGAGGACAACCGGGAGGUGAAUAGAGUUGCAAUUUACUUUUUUUCAAUUACACCACCUACUUUCUUCACAUCAACCAAAAAUAGGUAACCCGCUUUACCAAGACGAUUUAGUCACCUUCGAUAUUGAAGAGAACAAGAAGGGCAAAGCGGCAAAAAAUGUGAAGGGUGGAACGGGCAAUCCCUUCAAGGGAAGUACUACUACUAUGGAUUUUGACACACAGUUUGACAAAGAUGUUGUAGUCGUUCGCAUCGAUUGAGGAAAUCAAUAGAUACCCUUCACUACAGUAGUUCAACAAGUGACUGUCCUAGUCCUGGCAACAUACCAUCUUAGAAGAUUGGAAUAUGACUAAUAUGAACCUUCCUCUACUACAGCUACAUCAACAAGAAUGCACAUGCGUCACUCCUGUAUGUAUGACUCUCCCAAAGCCAAACAAAUAUAUUCGCAUUUCAGAGAACAAAGGCCUUGGCAAGGAUAAGGGGAAGGGCAAAGGCAAAGGCAUGAAAGGUGGUAUGAAGGGCGGCGGCAAGGGCGGAAAGGGCUACGGUGAGGAGGAGGAAGAAGAUGAGGGCAUCUAUGGCGGAAAAGCUAAUAACGGGAAGGGAAUUCUUCCAGGUGGAAAUCACGACUGGGUGAAAGGCAAGGAAGGUGCCGGACCCUUCGCUGGUGCUGGUAAUUUUUCAUACGCUGGAAGACGUGCAAAUUCAUCUCGAUAUUCGGAUGAGAAUAUGAAGAAUUAUAUUUAUAGCCCUAGUAGAAGUAGAUGUAGAAGAAGAAGAACUACAACCACUACUACUACUGUUCCUUCUUCAUCGCUACUAAAUAACUUCUUCAGGUAAAGACGGAAAGGGUGGAUUUGAGCCAGGCAAGGGUUUUGACGGUGUCCCAAUGGGAGGGCCUCAGGGAAUGCCACCACACUUUGAUCAAGGUAAAUCUAUAUGUAUAUUUUGAAGUUAUAAUAGAGUAAGGUAAAUAACGGGUUUCGGGUUGCUCGAGUUGCAACGGGUUGCUCGGGUUGCCGAAGCGCAGGGGCUCCAAAUCUGGAACGGGUUGCCACGUGUUGCCAGGAGAAUCCUGACCCAGCAAAAUGGGGCGAAGCCGGGCGGUAUUGCGGAGCAUUUGCGCGCUCGAAGUGAAGAAAUGAAGAAGAGCGCAGCUGUUGCCUUUUGUUGGGGCUCAUAGAAGGGGCAGCCACGUGUGAAGGGCUCUGCAGCCUUUCAGGCUCUUUUUUUGUAGCGUGCGGGCGCGUGUUUGAAGCGAAAACAAGGAGCGGAGGCCCCUGCUCUCUGUUGUUUUUUUUGAGGUGAGUGUCGCCGUGGUGUGUCGUCUUCGAGUCGUUGGCGAUCUCUCCCUUUUUUCUUCGGGUGCGAGCGUGGCCAAUCUGCUUGGGGGCUGAGAGCGCGUCUCCGUCUGCUGCCAUCAGCGUGCGGGCGACGUGUCCAGUCUUGGGUAUAGCAGUAAGUAUACUGGAGGAGGUUGCUCAAUUGGAAUGGAUUGACGCGCUAGAUAUUUAUAUUUAUACGAGCGCGUCGCCGAUCAGUAUGCAACUAGAAAUUAAGGACAGCGCUUCCUGAGAGAUUAAGACCCAAAAACCCCACGCUUUGGAAGUGUAGGCUUUAAGAAGAAAAAGGCCCACUUUCGAAAGAACUACGUAGACGUCGUAAGUAGAUAGGGCGUCGCCGCUAGAUAUCUUACCCAUCUAGCUAGAUACCACACUACUCGGCUGAGAGUAAGAAGAGGCGACCGCACUUCUUUGGCAAGAUAAGAGUAGGCGCUGGGGCCUUAGGGGCGCACUAACAAGAAGAUCAAGGAUCAGAGACGCGGCGCGCGGUGUCGUGCGCUCCUGUUAAGGUUUCUCGCAGGGUCAUAAGUCUGCGCCUGAAGGGCGCCGCGCAAAAAAUUUGGGUUGGCAACUCGAGCAACUCGAGCAACCCGAGCAACCCGACCCGAUAUGGGUCCAAAAUAACCUAACUCUAUUAUAAAUAUUUUCAUUUUCAUCUAGUAAAAAUUAUUGCUAAUUGUUUUCAGCUGCAUUACCAUUAGAACCAACAAUAGUUUACCUUUAAAUACAACUUUAUCCAGUAGUACUCUGAUAAAAAUCUUUUCUUUCAGUGCUUUAUAGUCUAAUGAUCGACCGCUGCACCAAGACCAACUUCGAUUAUGCAACUACGAACACGAAAAAUUACUAGGUCCACCGAUGCAGAUGGGCGGUCCGCAGAUGAACAAGGGUACGGGUUUUCCAUUGAAUUACGCUGCCCCCGAAUUUCGUCCGCAGGUGAUGGGCUAACGGUAGCACGAUAUUGAUCAUAUUGAUCAUGAAGAUGAAUAGAACAUUAAAUAACUUCUGCUGAAGUAUGUUUAACAAUUUUUUAUUUGGCACCGUUUUCUUGUUGAACAUGAAGAAGUAGCAUACGCGGGGUAUUAGCAAAGAAAGUGGGGGGUGGAAAAGUAGGUGUCAAGUAGAGUUGUACUCGUUUUUGCAGUAUUGAUGUCAUUGAUACCAGGUCAAGAAGGAUGAUGGGUGGCUCGGCAGCAACAACUUUUUCUGCUUCUAUAACAGGUUGAUUCAACUACUUUGGAAACUAAGUACUAGACUGUAUCCCUGGGGGGUUGUGAAAUUAAUUUCCGGCCGAUUUUUACAUUGGUCGAGUUCCCUUAUUUGUUUUAAUCGUGAUAACGCAGUAGCUCUCUUGUUCGAAAGUUGAUGCUAGAGCAAGCGCCUAGGUUAGAUAGAGACAGAUUGGUACCAAGCCAUGGGAAAAUGAUGGAAAAGAUGACGGCAGGGACGAGGCCGCUCUGCCAAUGAUGAAGAGGAGUGGGCCCCAUCGAGAUUGAUAUGAUGUGAGGCUAGCAGAAGUAAGCCGAACGAUGAAUAGGUUGCGGCGUGAGAGGGGCGGUAUGCCUCAUGCGCAAAGUCGUAUGCUAGGAAUGACUCAGGUACGUUUUUGUACCAGAAUACCAGUGAUAUGUCAUUGUUGUAUCCAAGCUGCGUUAGAAUACAGGAUGGUGAAAGUCGAGCACUUACUACAGCACGACUUUUAUCGCAGGGAAUGAUAAGAAGGAGAACGUCAACGAGCUUGUUGAUCUUCAAGGACUAAACAGGAUAGCUGGUCCUCAUUCCUACAUGCUUUAUCUUCAUUUUUCGCCUCACACUGAUGAUCAUCUACUCCGUCUUACUCUUGCUCAGAAUCCUCACUUUUGAUGGUUGUCGUGGUCCACCUUAGUUCCUUAAGAGAAGAGGGCCGUCCUAUUCUUCGGCUUCUUCUUGGGGUGAUAGAGUUACAACAUCAGAUGUGUCGUGGGGAUACGGAUUUUCAAUUGAUAUGGAUAUGGAUAUGGAUAUGCUGACUUUUAUAUAUAUGUUAACCUCUAAUCUCUUAUUAUUACACUCCAAUAGCAAUAAUUUAUGUUAUUACUUUCAGCGACCACUGGUAGGUUAUGAUUUAUGUAUGUAAGUAUAUUUUCACUGAACAUAUUGGAGUAUCACGACCAGAAAAAAUUGGUAUUUUUAUGUAGUUGGUGAUGAUGUAGAUCUAGAUGUCAAUGUCUCGUUUUAUUUUAUUCUGAUCUGGAUGAGAUUACUUCUACUAUGGAUUCAAGAUGAGAUGAUGAAUACUUGUUUACCUGUGACACGACAUCAAAUAGAAGCCUCCUCGAGCCACCCAUCAUUCCCAAAUCCACAAGAUUUUCGUAUUGACUUUUUUUUCUCAUCGACGCACGCUCCUCAAUAAGAUUCUGAUUGACUUCUUCCAUUUCUAGCAAUAUCAAAAAAAAACUAAAAAACUCACCCAUUAAACAAAUAUAACUUCAUUCUAGAUCUAGCAUACUAAUAUCGAUAUGUGGUUCCUAUUUUCAGUACGAAUGCCUUACACGACCACCACACGCGCAUUCGCAUAUUGAGGAGGUAGAAAAGAAUUGGAAAUUGAUUUCUCCAAGAAGUUUAGUUACCAACAUUAGGAAAUAUGCACGUGAUCACUCACACUUCUCACUUCUAGAUAGUCACCCCUCCUACUCAAUUGGAGUUGAUGUCGUCCAUUACCAUUUAUACUAGUCGUCCUGAUCAUGCACAUGAUCGUCUGUUGCUCUUCAUUGAAAAAAACCAAAAAAGUCGAUGUGAUGUUGAUGACGGAAGCAAUGCGAAAAUCGAUUCUCA